AUGACAGACCACGAUCCACAAGAAAUCUUCACUAUGCCCUCCUCAUCCGAUGAAUCGAUAACGAUCACUUCAUCGAUAUCGAUGCCAUCACCGACGUUAUCGUCUUCUCUCGAUCUCUCUUCAUCAUCGACUAUACCCGACCAUGGCCAACCGACCAACGGCACACGACAUGGACAUGAUAGUGAUGGCGCAAUAAUGUAUAAAGCUUAUGUGAUGCCUUAUAGUUGGUAUUGGAUAAUUAGCGUGUUUCUUUUAAUGGUAACUCUACAUCUGUAUAGGAUAACAAAACAUCAUUAUAGGAAAAGGAAAGCUUUGAAUCGAAAUCAGAAUGAUCAAUCAGUAUCAUACAAAUCACUGAAUACAACGGAUCGAGAUGAUCAAGAUGAUGACGAUGAACAAAUUCAAUUAUUACAUUCACAAUCACAUUCACGUCCACAUCUACGAUCACAAUCGUAUCACCAAUCGCAACCACAAUCUCGAUCCCAAUCACGAUCCCGAUUUUCACCACAAUCUCAGUCUUCAACUAUCAUAGAUCAUGAUCAAGUCAGAUCUUAUUGGAUAAGAAGACUAAUAACAGGUCUAUCAGCAACUUUUAGAAAUAUAAUGUAUUUGAGAUCUUUUCCUUGGUGGUUAUAUGGCCCAGAAACUUUGAUGGAUGCUUCAUUUACAAUAUUAUAUGUCACGGUAUAUCUUUAUCUAUGUUUUCAUUUAACAGAUUCUUGGUGGCCUCUACACAAUGAUAAUAUCGCUAAUAGGAUGGGUAUAUUGUCAUUCUCACAAUUACCCAUUAUUCUUUUAUUGGUCAGCAAGAAUAACCCAAUUUCAUCACUUACCGGAAUCACUUAUCAAAAGCUUAAUUAUCUUCAUCGUGCAAGUUCAAGAGUGUGUUUAAUGACAAGUUGGGUUCAUGCUAUACUUUGGACACCUAGAGUAUGGGCAGUCAAAGAUUUUAGACAAUAUCUCUUAUGUGGUAUCGCUGCUCUUUUUGGAUUCACCAUGCUUUGGGUGACAAGUUUCAGAUUUGUUAGACGGGUGGCAUAUGAAUUCUUCUUGGCUUCCCAUAUAAUUUUUACCGUGAUGUAUCUUGUUGGAGCCUACUUUCACUGGUAUUACCUCGGACAAUGGGUAUUACCCGCACUGGCUAUUUGGAUAUUUGAUCGACUGCUACGAUUCCUCAAAGUAUUAUAUCAGAACAAUUUCCAUAAUCCACGAAAAUGGAAAUCAAGAGGUGAAAGUAAGAUUGAAUUGCUGGAUCAUGAUGUGAUGAGAGUGACUAUACGGCGAGACAAUUUUCAUUGGAAAGCAGGUCAACAUGCAUUCAUCUCAGCUCCUUCCAUAUCUGGAAUGCCUCAUGAAUCGCACCCUUUCUCCAUCGCCAACGUACCCACCGAGUCUGCCAAUGAUACCAUCUUCUUGAUUCGUGUACAUACCGGAUUCACCAAAAAACUUCGUACAGCCCUAUCAUCUGAUCUCACCACCUCUGUCCCACUGUAUAUCGAAGGACCAUACGGUUAUGCUCAUUCCCUCGAUUCGUAUUCCACCGUUUUAUUGUUGGCAGGUGGAACGGGCGUUACAUUCGUAUCUGGACAUUUCCUUCAAAUACUGCAAAAUGUCAAAAAAGGUAAAUCGGCCGUGAAGAAACUACAUCUUGUGUGGCAUAUAAGGCAUGUUGAAGAUAUAGAAUGGAUCGCUCCUCUAUUGAACGAAGGAAUAAAGGAAUUAUAUUCCAAGGAUAAUGCAGAUUCAAACUCAAACGAAUCUUCUUCGAUAAAUGUUGAUCACGAUAUCGACAUUGAGAUUGAUAUAUUCGUUACGAAAUCACAUUCAUCAGAUGAACCUUGGCCUACAGAAUUGAACUUGCACGAUACAAUACAAGAAGUGACACCUAGAAUACUGAACGAAGUGACACCUAGAAUACUGAACGAAGUGACACCUAGAAUUAUGGCUUUGAGAGGAAGAGAGGCUGAUAGGAGUUGGGAUGAAGGAUGUAUGACUUGUUCAAUACCAGGAACACCAAUUAACGAAUCAAGAGACGAAACUUAUUUUUCACCCAAAAGGCAAACUUUAUUAGGCAGAUAUGGUUUGCUCGCUGAAACUGCCGAGAAGAUAAGAUGGAGAAAAGGUAGAGCGAAACUAAAUGAAAUCGUUAAAUAUGACGCGGAGAACUGUAUAGGUACCAUGAAUGUUUCAGUAUGUGGACCUGUUCAAUUACUCAAAGCUGCAAAAUCAGCAGUAAGAGAAACAUCCAAUUUGAAAUCUUGUAUGGAUGGUUUAUCAAGCAUAGAUUUUUUUGAAGAAACUUUGGGAGCAUAA